UGAAGUUGCUCGCAGACGCCUAGCGUGAGUUGUACAUGAAACAUGUGGAUUUCUACUCACUAGUAUCAUUCUUUAGGCUGCUGAAAAGAACUAUAUCCUAGUCUUACUGAACUUGUUUUUUGUAUUUCUUCACUGGACACAAAAAUGGUAGGUGCCUAUUUCGGUGUGUUUCUGUAAACGCUGCUGAAUCAAAAAGAGAAGACACUGAGAAAAUCUGCUUAAAUGGAGAUAAGAACAGUAAUUAUUUUUCUUCUUUUUGGGUUAUGUGCUGCUCAAAGAAAAGUAAGCGUGCAAGAAGGUCCUCUGCACAGAGCGGAAGGAUAUGAAAUUACCAUUUUGUGCAAUGUUAGUGGGUACCAAGGAUCAUCAGAACAGAAUUUUCAGUGGUCAUUUUAUGGUCUUAAUAAAAGAACAACAGAAAUCCAGAUCGUUAGCACAUCAGAUCCUAACUUUCCCUAUGCUGUAUAUGGACAAAGAGUGCGAAAGAAUGAGAUCUAUAUUGAAAGGCUGAGUGGAGAUUCUGUGCUAUUACAUAUCACAAAACUUCAGAAAACAGAUGAGGGAGAAUAUGAGUGUCACACACCAAGCACAGAUGAAAAGUACUUUGGAUCUUACACUGAUAAGAUGAAUCUUACAGUAAUCCCAGAUACUCUUACUGCAACAAUGCCAUCACAGACUCUGAACAAAAUUGAAGGUGAGCCUUUGGAACUGAUAUGCAGUGCUAAUAAAGAAACAUCUCAACACACCCAUUUAUCCAUCACAUGGUACCUUCAGAAAGAGAGCAAGAAAGAACAGAUAAUUUCCCUUUCUAAGGACUUUGUUCUGCAGUCCGGAAGCACUUUCACACAGAGGCUUUCUGAUGGAGACAUUCGACUGGACAGAACUGGGCAGACAUCAUAUAGGCUGAGUAUUUACCAUCUGCAGCCUUCAGAUACAGGGAAGUAUUUCUGUGAAGCAACUGAGUGGAUUCAGGAUCCUGACAAAUCCUGGUACAACAUCGCUAAAACAGAAUCUGAGAAAACAACUGUUAAUGUUAAAGCUAUAGGUAAAGAUUUCACUGUCUAUAUUAACAGUGCGCAAAGCACUCUUACUACAGGAGACAAUUUGGAAGUUUACUGCACUGUGGAAGCUCAGAAUAUUCCAGAUCGUCAUUUUUCAGUGGCUUGGUUUGUAAACAAUGCCCUGGUGGCCACUUUUGGUCAGAAUGGUGUAGCAGUGUUCGAGGAUGCAUACAAGGGCAGGGAGAGUUUGGAUAUGCUGAAAAUAGCAAAACUGAAUGAUAUGAAAUAUAUGUUAAAAAUCAGAAAUGUGGAAUUGAAAGACAGUGGUAUUUACCAGUGUAAAAUCACAGAGAUGGAGAAGACAGUACAUGGUAUUUUUUCUUUGAAGACCCAGCAAUCAGCUCCUUUUUCAAUAACUGUGAAGGCCAUAGAGAGCAAUUUUAAAGCAGUGCUGACAGCAAGCACCACCACAGUGGUGGAGGGAGAACCAUUUGUGUUUACUUGCUCUGCAAAUGAACGCAGGAGUUUUCUGUCUGUGACAUGGUCCUUUGUUAACAACAGCCAGCGCUAUGAUGUAGGCCAGAUGAAUUAUGAUGGAAUGUCAAAGCUGGGUCCUUUAUAUCAGAAUCGUGGUGGACGUGGUGGUAUCCAGAUGGAGAAAAUAGAUCAGAAAACAUUUGUUCUGAGGUUCCAUAAGUCUGCAGCCUCAGACAGUGGUCAAUAUGAAUGCAGCUUAUCUGAAUGGAUUAGUGACACAGACAAAAUUGAGAAAAAAAAUGAGGACUCGAAAAGCAUCAGUGUCAAAGUAACACUUCUAAGUUCUAUAGUUAAAAAACUGGUAUUAAUCACCCGCAAGCCUUCAAUAAAAUACAACGAGACAACAAGACUGAUUUGUACUUUAUCGAUGAAGAACAGUUCAAAAAUGUUAAUCCCAGUAGCAGUUACAUGGAAGUUCAAGAUGUCCAACCAAGCAGCUUACCAAAACGUGGUUACUAUAACACAAAAUGGUGAUAUUCAGUGGACAGACAAGCAUCUUAUUUUAAAGCAAAAAGCCAUAGUUGAAAAACAGGACCUUUCCUCCACACUUAAUAUCAGCAGAGCUAGUGAAACAGAAGCAGGAAGUUAUCAGUGUAUGAUGGAGCUAAUGGGAGACAGUGUUUCAGGAAACAUAAAGUCAAUGGUCACAUUUUCCUCUAAUGAACUACAAAUCAAGUUCACAAAAACAGCAAGUACACUGGCUAUUCAAGAAGCGAAAGAUGUUGCAUUAUAUCCUGAAAAGACUGAUGUAGAGAUUACUUGCAAAAUUAUAAACCAGACCUGGAAAAGUUCUCAGUUUUCAGUGGCCUGGUAUGUCCAGGAUUCUCAAGAAAAUGAGAUGGAUAAACUUAAAAAAAUUGUUCAGACUGACAUCAAUAACAUAGUGAGUUAUGAAAAUGGAACAGGAAUAUCUAAGUUUCAAAGCCGAAGACUCUCUCUAGAUAUGUAUAAACUCACCAUUCUUCAUGCGGACACCAAUGACAGUGGAAAAUACUACUGCCAUGUCACAGAAUGGCUUGUAAGACCAAACUUUGAGUGGUACGAAGCUGGAGAGCACACUAUCAAAGUGGCCACCAUACAAAUGAAACCUUUAGAAAGAGAUACAAGUGUAUAUUCUGUCGUCUGUUCAUCAAAAGCACUGUUUUACUUUAUCUUCAGCCUUCCAUUUUUCAUAUAUAUUGCAUUACUGGUUGCUACAAUAUAUUUAUGCAUACAACAACAGAAACUGAGAAGAAAGGUCAAUUCAAAAAAUAAAGAACCUAAUCUUUGGACGCCACUGCAGAUUAAUGAGACUUUGGCUGACAAGACUUCAAUGGAAUAGAGAAACAUAAUAUAAAAACUGUGACUGAAUAAAAGCCUAACUGUUGGUAUCAAAGAGGCUACGUUUGUCAGUUGAUGAGCAAAACAGCUGUCAGUGAAAGAAGAUUUGGGGAGAAGACAGUUCUGUUAUUUACAAGGAAAGCUGUCAACAAAUGUUGUUUUAAGCCAUCCCGAUGAACAUUUCUGGAUAAUAAUUAUGUACGUGAAUUAUGUGACUUCACAAGUUAGUCAAAUUUCUGUUCAAAGUUACUAAAUUUUCUUGCAAAGAAGGUGGAACAUAUCCUGAGAGUGCUAGACUUCAUCUCGUAAGAAAUUUGGUUAAUAAUCAGAAAUCAUUUUCUCUCUUUUGGGUUUCUGCAUUGCAAAUGUCAAAACUCUUAAGUUGCACGCCUUACUGUUUUUACACAUAUCUUGAAAAUUAUUUUAAUUUCACACAAAAAUGAUAUAAGUUCACUUGUAACCCAGUUACACAGCACUAUCUGGAUUUUUUUCAGUGACACAGUACUCAUGUGGAAUGUUCACAGUAUGCUUAAUUUCCAGUUUGGGGACAAUCACAUGCCAGUGGUGAAAAAGUAUGUUUAUUUAACCAGAGACUUGUAUUAAGUUUUUGGGAUUUAAAAAAAAAUGUUAUUCAUUUCAUAUUAUUUUUUGAUAAAUAAGAAAAGAGCAUAAUUAAAACCACAUAGACAAUUGUGUUAUAUGUAUAUUCUGGAUGAACUAGCAACAUUCUCAUUUUUUAGAUCUUAAAAAAAAAUAGAAGUAAAACUCAUAAGUCUGUAUACUAGGAAAUAAAGUUCUUAUAUCAGACAAGGAUCUCCUGGAUUGUAAACAUCCUGAUGGCUCAGACCCAUCAAUGUGAAAUUUGCCAUUGUAUAGCAUACCAUUAAACAGAAUGACAAAAUAGAUUCAGGUUUUUGCCAAAAAUCAUCACAUUGGUAUAAUAUUUUAACAAUAUUUUCACUAGGUUUCCCUUUUUAUCUUUUGUUUUAUAAUAUUUCACUUGAUAAAACCUGACUUUGUUUAACUUUU